AUGAAACCUAAUUUUGCUAGGCCAAAGCAGAAUUCAAGUACCUCUGAAAUUAAUUUGUCAUCGAGGAUAUGGUCAGACGACGGUGGUUGUCCUUUUGGAACAGUUCCUAUUAACCACACGUGCAAGUUUUCCUGCAUGUGGCUCAUCCGUGCUUUCCGAGGCGCUGCCGUGACUCAGAAAAGAAUUACUAAAGAAUAUCUCGUUAGACAAAGAAAUAUGCCAUCGCCAGAAGAAGUAACAUAUGACACUGAGUUGACUACUCUUGCAAUAGUUCAAAUUCUAAAAAAUCCAAAUAACAACUUUGCGGACGGUGGAAUGUCAGCGAGUUUAUAUAAUCCUCAUGUCGAAGGUCAGCAACAGAGUGCAUGUCGAUUGAAAAUUCAAAAUGGGUCGGACAUUAUACAAGUUGGUUGGAGAGUGGAUCCAACUCUAUAUAGUGAUAAUAAGACUAGGCUUUUUGUGGAUUUUCAAGCUGGUAAUACACAUUGUUUGAAUACAUUAUGCCCGGGAUUUGUACUAGUAAGCAGUGUGAUACCUGUCGAUAUGGCGUUCGAUAAGAUUUCACAUCGUGUAUAUAACCCAUGGGAGUUCAGAAUGUACAUAGAUCGGGAUCUAGCCAAUGGAAACGGGUGGCUUUUAGCUGGAAAAUACUAUAAACAAAUUGGUUUUUGGCCGCAAAAGCUUUUUACUAGCUUGGCAAGCUUUGCUGAUAACGUUGAGUGGGGAGGAGUCACAUAUAGCCCACCAGGUGUGCCUAAACCUCCAAUGGGCUCAAGCUAUUUUCCUAUCAGAAAUAUCGCUUAUGAUGCUUAUUGUAGAAGGCUUAUCAUUUAA